ACCCCCGUGUUGACGUCAACAUAGCGCGUCUCGGAGUUGGUUAGUAAGCUGGUAAACGAAAACACUGGUAGCUCUCUUGUUGUGUUUUGUACACCGACAAGAGCUAAAUGCCGAAGGUAAAGAGGAGUCGGAAGCCGCCUCCGGACGGAUGGGAGCUGAUUGAGCCCACUUUGGACGAGCUGGAUCAGAAAAUGAGAGAAGCUGAAACCGAGCCUCACGAGGGGAAGAGGAAGGUGGAGUCUCUUUGGCCAAUCUUCAGGCUUCAUCAUCAGCGGAGUCGAUACAUCUUCGACCUCUUCUACAAGAGGAAAGCCAUCAGCAGAGAACUAUACGAGUACUGCAUAAAAGAAGGCUACGCCGACAAGAACCUGAUUGCCAAGUGGAAGAAGCAGGGCUACGAGAACCUGUGCUGCCUGCGCUGCAUCCAAACGCGAGACACCAACUUCGGCACUAACUGCAUCUGCAGAGUCCCCAAGAGCAAACUGGAAGUGGGUCGGAUCAUUGAAUGCACCCACUGCGGCUGCAGAGGAUGCUCAGGCUAAGCUGCUGUUUUCAUUAUUUUAUUCUUCUUCUGUUUAAACGUCAUCCUCUACUUCCUCUCUUACAAACCUGAGGCGGCAUCGUUUUCAUCGGAACCAGUCUUCACCAUCAGUUAGGGAUCAGUGUUUUUGGUUUAUUUUAAUUUUUUUUAAACGCUGGGGGAGCAACCGUGAAUAGAGGGGGCCACAUUUAUUUGAUUAGUGUUUCUCUACGUUUGUUUUUCUACCCAGCUAAAGUCUUCAGCUCCUUAAAAAGGUUCAGAGCUGGAAGUUGUGUGAGGAUCAGGCCUGUCAUUCCACUGUGAAGGUUGUUUCUAAUGCGUUUUGAUUUCGUUUAAAGAAGCCUUGGAAUGUCAAACUUUAACGUCGUUGUUGUCAUCGUGCUUUGAUUUUAAAUAAAACAUUUCAUUUCA